AAUUGACUCAUCUGUGUACAUCACUCAGGUCUGUCGUGUCAAAGAAAGUUCGAAAUGAGUGUGUUAAAUUUUGCGGAAGAAUUUACGCGUUUAGUUGUGCGUUACACGAAGACUCCUUCGCCAAAUAGUGAACGCUCAAGAGAUGCUAUCGUGCCCUUAAAUUACGACCAAAUGACGAAUACCAUAUAUCAAGUAUUCAGCGCACUCGGGAUACAGAACUGCAAUGACAACGUUAAUUCUUUGGUAAAAACGCCAGUUAACGCAAUUGAUAUUAUCACUCCAACAGCUCCAAUUGUAUUAAAGAACAACCGUAAACAAAAUGAUUAUGAUGACUUCAGAUCUGAAAAUAGUUUGGCUAUUACGGAUUUUGGGUUUUCUGCUUCUGAUAUAUCAUUAACAGCUAAUGAAAAAGAAGCGGAAAGUUCACUCAAUGAAUUGCAAGACGAAAAAAAGUCUCUUUCACAAUCAAAUCCCUUAAUCUGCGUUAGCAGAUCUGACACUUUUGUCCGCGAGAAAAAGCAAAAAGCAAAUACUAAUGAUGAUAACGAUGUUUUCCAAGAUAAUUUCAAUAAUAAUGAAACAAAUUAUUCAGUUCAUAAUAAUUUGUUGCUAUCACUAAACGAAGUACAGAAGUCUAUCAUGAACGUCGUGACAAAGGUGGAACGUAUAAAAAAGCAAGUAUAUCCACAAGUGGCAAAACAAGAUAAUUUCAAUGGCAAACAAACGCGGCGAUUAGGUGCAUCUUUGAGCAAUGGUUCUUUUGGUCUCAAUCACACACCAGCUAUGAACAAAACAAAUUUGUCUACGACAAUUCGCAGAUCCAUUACUGUUUUCUCUGGAACACCAACAUCCUCUCGAUCAUCGUCAAUAGACAGAGAGAAUACUUGCGACAGACGCAACAGUACUGGUAUUGCAAUUUCUGGAAAACUAAGCGAAUCUAAAAAACUGGGUCAUUCGAUGUCGAAUUUAAAUCUAUCACUAUGUAACAAAGUGUCAUCAGAUUCGAUCCCUAAACGUACGAAAAAUCCGAAAUACGCCCAUGUGCAAAGCACUAUACCAAAACCUAUUCAAACCAAGAAAAAAAUGCAAUCGCCAAAAGUGCAAUAAAAUUGCUAAAAUAUUACAAAGUGAUUAAAAAUUUUUAUAGUUACGCCAAUUACGUGGUGUCGUUAUAUUCAUUAGUCUUUAAAAAAUAUUAUUUUAUUUCCUGUACUUAUUAUAUGUAUAAUAUUAACUUUCAAGUGUGUUCUAAAAAACCAUACUGCCUUAUGAAUAUAGAUUUUUAUGAAUUAUUUAUCACAUUUAAAUUUUAUAAAUAUGUAAUAUAAAUUUGCGUAAAUAUGUCAUUAAGUAAAUACUUUCAUUAAUAAGUGGUUUUCGAUAAUCUGGUUUGGCGCGCAUCGACCGUAGGCUAUGCAUUCCUGUUUUCACCUUUUCUUUUUUUUGACCGAAUGAAUAUCUUGCAUAUCUUAAAUUCAAUGUACGAAAAACAGCAUUAUUGCGAUGAAAAUUGUUAACUUGUCGUUUAUAUUCUUUAUGCGAUCUCAAACAAA